AUGUCCACGGGGUCGAAGCUUGAGAAUACAAAAAUUCAACAAAGUUCAUCAGAUGGCACAACGAAUGGUGGCUCAAUUAACAAUAGUGAGACAAUUAAGAGCAAUCCUCCAGGUCAAUCAGUGCCUUUCAAAAUGCCUCAUGCUCCACCCCAUGUCUAUUCGUGUUUUGUUAUUAAUCAAACCGGACAACCUAUCGAGUGUAGCCUCAAAUAUGACGGUCGUCCAGGAGAAGACAAAUUCGAUCAAACGGUCAAUGUAACUAUUCCAGCUCAUUCAGAGCAUUAUUUUCCUCGCCAAUUUUUUCAACCUGAUUUGCCAGAGUCUUAUUGUAAGUGGGUCAAAAUUGUGACACAUAUUCGAGUGAAGAAAUCCAAUGGAGCGAUUUUAGAAGUCCAUUAUCCAUUCGAGCAUGUUCAACGCCCAUUUCGCAAUUGGGAAUUCCAUGUCAAUGACGAUGGUGACAUACUUUCGAUGCCUCCUACGCGUAUAGCCAAUGUACUGAAAUAUGAGAACCUUGAUCAGUAUGAAUGCUAA